AUGUUGUCCAUACAAAGUAUUAUUGUUCUAACACUAAUGAUCUUCAUCUUAGCGGAAUAUUCGGGAGCGAUGCCGAUGCUCGACAAAGAUAAAGACAGAUUUUCGGACAACAUAAAUCUGGUGGACGAUGACGGCAGCAUUGACAAGGCUCUGAUGAAUUACCUAUUCACCAAACAGAUCGUGAAGCGCCUCCGUAAUCAGAUGAACGUCAGCGACUUGCAGCGCAAACGGUACUUCUGGAAGCAGUGCUCCGUCAACGUGGUGGCUUGUUUUGGUAAAUAA